AGGCACGUGUCAAAGUGUAAGCUAAGAUGGGCAGAAAGCAAAAGAUGAAGAAAAUGGCAGCUGCCAAGGCUGCAGCUGCCUCAGCUCUAGCGGCAGCAACUGCAGCCGAUACCAAAGUGGAAUCCAAGGCGGCAACUAUGCAAAAGCUGCUGAGUUGCUUGCAGCAAUCGGAGGCAGCUGCCUGCUGCAGCAAAGCGAACUGCGAGACAGCUUCGAGCAGCAGCAGCAGCAGCUCAUCAGCUAGCGAAGAUGAUGAUGAUGAUAAAGCAACAGCAGAAGCUGUGACUGCCAAGAAGGAGCCGCAACCCAAUGAGCUGCUCAGCUUUAUGAAACAUUCGCGUGGGGAAAAGAAAGCGCGUCGCUUGCUCAUGAAACUGGAUCUGGAGCCGGUGCAGAAUGUUUCGCGUAUCACCAUGCGCAAGGCCAAGAAUGUGCUGCUCAUUAUAGAUCAGCCGGAGGUAUACAAGUGUCCCAAUACCAAGACAUUGAUAUGCUUUGGCGAAGUACGCAUUGAGGACACUUCGAAUGCGGCUACAACUCAAGCUGCCGAGCGUUUUCUCAACGACAUUAAUCCCAGCUCCACGCAGUCAAAGUACGACGCUGUCUCGGCCACUGCCUCAGCUGGUGGCAAUGAUGAUGACGAGGAUGCCGCUGCUGCUGUAGGUUCGGCUGCUGCUGCCGCGCUGGAUGAAAAGGACAUUGAGCUGGUCAUGAUGCAGGCGGUUUGCUCUCGUGGCAAGGCCAUCAAAGCGCUGCUGCGACACAAUAGCGAUGUAGUCAAUGCCAUAAUGGACUUGACCAUAGGCUGCUAAGCAGCAAGCUGUAAAUUUUUAGUAACAAUAAAGUCAAGCUAUAGCCAAGCUGCAUACAAAUA